UAUCAAAUGAAAAUUAAAUCAAUAAGCCGUCAAAGGGAUUGAAAUCCCUUUCAGAUAAUUAAUUUUUUUUCCAACCAAAAAUCGAUUCAUUAUUUAUGGAUUUUAUACAGGAGCAGGCGAUAAAAAAUGAUCGACAACUAGAAAACCAAUCGGUCAUAGAAUACAAAGCGAAAAUUGAAGAACUCGAAGAUGAAAUGAUGAGACUUAAAGAAGAAAAUGACUCAUUAAGAAGAGAAUUAUCCGAUUCGGAUGGCUCAAAAGAUAUCGCCAAUAUCGUGGCGAGUUACGAAAACGUUAUGGGGCAAUUAAUUCAAGAUCAUGAAACCGUGAAAAGCGAACGGGAUUUGGUUAAGAACCAUUUAGCGAAUUUAGAGAAGGCAUUUUACGAUUUGGUUCAAAAAUAUGAAAGGGCUAAAAAUGUUAUAAAAACUUUAGAGAAAAACGAAGAGACGUUUCACAAAAAUUUGCAAAAGUAUAAAGACAACGUCGAUCAAGCCGAAAAAAAAUACAUGGAAUUUAAGGAGUACGCCAUCGACAAAUUAAACGAAGCCAAUAUCCAAUUAGAGAUGAACAAUAAAGAAUAUUUAGAGGAAAUGUCGAAAAUGAGAACUAAAGCCAUACAGAGUCAAAUAAAAGUUAACGAUUUAGAAAAAAAGUUAUCUAAGAGUAGUUUAAAGAGCAGCGAAGAUGCCGAUAACGACGACUCCGAAAAUUGUUCUAUUUUUGAUCCUUUAACAAACGAUAUUACUUAAGUUUUUUUUAUUUAUUAUGUAUGCUCAAUUUUGUUUUAGUCUCUUUGUAUAUUCUUGUAUUGAUCCAGUGGUGGAUAAAAAUGAUUUAUGUCAAUAAUAAAACUUACAGAAACUCGUAAAA